AAAAGUAAACAAGUGCUACAGGGGUCGUGCUUGUCCCAUAAUCGUUCACUGCAGUGACGGCGCUGGCAGAAGCGGAACCUACGUCCUGAUUGACAUGGUUCUCAAUAAGAUGGCCAAAGGUGCUAAAGAGAUUGAUAUCGCAGCGACCCUGGAGCACUUAAGGGACCAGAGACCAGGCAUGGUCCAGACAAAGGAGCAGUUUGAGUUUGCGCUGACGGCCGUGGCUGAGGAGGUGAACGCCAUCCUGAAGGCCCUUCCCCAGUAAGCGCUGGAGCUGGGGCUGGCAGGACCUCAGUUCAUGCUACCAGGACAGUGCCAGAACAUCAGUCCUGCAUCUUCUCCAUAGUAACAGGGUCCUUCAGGCUCCAUAAUCAAUACAGGUGGCUAGUUACGUGUACUUUCGUUUAACCAAAUAGCAGCUAUGUUGAAGCACUCAGGAGGCGGGGGAAGAGCCAGCUCAUCUAUUUCAUGUUCUUGGAAAAACUUCCUUUCCCUAAAGCACACAUUCCCCUUGUUGCAGUAAUUAGAGCCUUGCCACGGCCUCUGUGCAAGGGCUUGCAUCUGUAACUUGCUGGAGGGUAGGUUAGGAAAACCGGAUGGGCCAGGACAAGCCAGGAAGGUGCCUACUGGGGCCACCAGGUUAUAGGAGUCACACUUGACAUUUGCCUGUAAGGCAAUCUGUAAUCAGGAGAAACCCCUGGGGCAAGAGGUCAGUGGCCUGCAGCUCUGGGACAGAUGACAAGAACAGUAUUAUGGGGACUCUGUCGUGGAUUCCAGAGAGAAAGAUGGGUUUCUCAGGGACAGACAUUAUCCCUUGGGGCUGCAUCUGUUCCAGAGGCCGGGAUUCCAGGUGAUGACCUCAUCCUUGCGAAGUUAUAGAUGAGCCCAGCCCUGAGGCACAUUUUUAAUGUUGAUACUGGUUUCUGCAUUGCAAGAACAGGUGCUGUUAUAAGCUUGAAGUAACAAAACCAGAGGAGUAUGGUACUUAACAAGCCCUCAGAGUCCCCAGGAACACUCCCCGCCCAGUAUCAGUGGUCCCUCAGGGGAACACCCCAACACUGCAGGUCCCAGAAAAGCCCUAGAUGUUCCUGCUUCUGGAAUGAAAGCUGGGGAACCCCAAAGACUUUGCUCUGCCCCUCUCAACACCGGGAAGAGAGCGAGACCUGAUGCCUUCUGUCCCCGCCCAGACCACUUAGUGAAACGUGCUCACCAGAUGAUACCAUUGUUCGAAACAUUUGAGCAUUAUACUUACCACCUCCCCCAGACAUGGGAAAACUCUCCAUUAAGUAGGGCAAAAGCAUCCAGGAAGGUCAAAGAUAGCGCUGUAAGCUCUGGUUCGUUUGUAGGAUGGAGCAGGAAAAGGCAUCUCUGCCAUAUCCUCUUCACCCUUAAGCCCCGACACUUAGCGUUGAAUUUGGUAAGGAAAGGGGCUGCCGACCAGGAAGAGCCGCCUCAGUCUCUGUGUCUCUGUUUCUUAUCUGCUUAACAUCUCCGACAUCUCUCCUCCAAAGUCCUUUCUCCCUAUCUAGAAUUUAAACAACAAUUAAUAGAAAUGAAUUUACCUGAAUAUAGAAAGCAUAUACCUACGUGUAAUUUCGAGCUUAUGUUUAAAAGAAAUCUUGGGUGUGAGAUACAGAUAUAUUUAAUUGUGUCAUAUUAAACGUUCUGAUUUCA